AGCAACGGUCUCUUAGCAACGCAUCGGGUCCAUAGAGACUAUCUGUGGAGGAAUUCAAAGAUAACCGUGUCAAACAUUUGGGGAAAACACAAGAGGAAGUAAUUUAACCUGAAAUUUUACAACUUUAAUGUAGUUAUAUCUCUUCGUUGUUCUGAGGUGAAUAGCUAUGGGAUGCGGCAGUUCUUCAAACACGGCGGUCACACCGCUGACACCGGAAGAGGUGAAGAGAGACGAGGUAGGCUCCGUGUCACCGAGCCCGCUACUUUAAGUCAGUUCAUACUGUGGAGAAGAGAAUGCGAGUAUAUCCAGAAAUGUACCGCUAGAAAAGUUAAUAUUUAGAGGCAGCCAGAAGAAUUAGCGAUAUUUCGGCGGUUUCUGUGUGCUAUUAAAUAUGGUAACAGGAAAGGUGUGUUGCUGUGCUGUACUAAACCUUUGUGUGCCCUAUCUACUUACUUAUAAUUCACAGUUUUUGGUAGGAGGUAGGUAUGGUGGCCGAGAACCGCCGCUGGAAAAAAAAAAAAAAAUACCAAAAGUGCAGAUUUUGAAAAAAAAAAAACCCUAACAAAUGGAAGUUAACAAUGCAAAAAUAAAAAAUAAAAAUGAAAUAAAUAUUACUUACCACGAAAAAAAGGGAUGCAAAUUAAAAAAGCCACAAUGGGAGUGAGCUGCCGGGGACCAAUAAUGAUGAUGCACCGUUUUUUUACAAUCUGGGCACAGAAGGUUAUUGUUUAAUUUCGCUUCGUGUACUUUUCAAUGUUGUAUUUGGUCAGGUCAUGUUGCGCCUGACUCGAUAUGAAGUUAAACUGGAGGAUGCCUGGGUAGUAUUUGCUUCAAUUCAAAUUCAUAUCGACUCAGGCGCUACACGGCCUAACCACAUUGGAAAGCACACGAAGUGAAAUUAAAAAGUAACCUUUCUACGUACUUCUUUGCUCGUCAUCUUCUGUGCCUAGAUUGUAAAACACCAGUGCGUCAUCAUUAUUGGUCUCCAUCAGCUCACUUCUGUUGUGGCUUUUUUUUAUUUGCAUCCUUUUAUUUUCGCAGUAAAUAACAACUUUUUUAUAUCCAUCACCACUUUUUUGUGUUGGUUACAAUCGUGGCUUUUUUUUUAUCUUCACCAUUUAUUUUUUCUUUUUUUAUUGGCUUCUGUUUCUUUUUUCUUUUCUUUUUUUGCAUCAGUAACUUCCGUUGUAACUUCUUUUUUUAUUAUUUAUUAUAAUUUUUUUUUAUUUGCAGCAGUGGCGGUUCUUAGCCACCGUAAAUAUCACUUUAAAGACUAGACAUUAUACGUGAAAGCAGUUAAUAUUUUAAUAUAUGAGUUAGUAGCCUAUUGUAUCUAAUCUAUCAAGUAAAAUUAGUGAUGAAACUGCCUUAGUUAAAAAAAAAUGUGCCAAGUACAAAAGUUUAAAAGAAAAAUAGUUAAUUUCUGCAAAUAUUGUGAAUUUUACAGUCCUGUUAACAAUGAUUUAUUUAUUUUUUUAACUGGAUUUAAAAAGUAGUGUGUAUGAUGAAUACAUGUGUCCUUUUGAGAUUGUGAUUUUAAUGGUUUAGCAGGAGGAAGCCCCCUUACACGGACAUAAAUGCUAUUAAACUUUUAAAGGUAAAAAUAAAGUAAUGUUAUCAGCAGCUUACUGGCAUGCAUAAACAGCUUUUGAAAGAAAUAGCUGGAUGGUUUGAACUUCAUGUGUACUCUAUGUGUACUGUUUAGUUUCUUUUUUAAACAGUUUAAAGUGAUAAUGUUUAUAGACAUAAUCAUUUCAAUCAUAAAAUCAUGAUUUUUGUUAAAAUCAUUCAUGUGAAUCAAACUCUGGUAGUUUUUGUUUAUACCUGCAGUGUUAUUCCUCCUCAGACUGUGGUCAUGACAGUGUAGCGGCACGCAGAUGUCACUAUGGCAACCGCAGGUCAUCUGAUAAGUGUCUGUCUUCAUGUUUUGUCUCCACCAGGAUGAAACGGGAAGUAGACGUGGAGACUCAGCUGUGUCAAAGGUCACCACGGACAGUGGCGUGGUAAUGGACUUACCCGGAGCAUUGCCCAAAAAACAGCCUCCUUUAAUGUGUGUCGGAGAAGGUGAGACAGGUAGAAUCUCACACGACAGUAUCUUUGUACACCAAACAUGCUGAACAUGAUCCAUGUUGUAGAGAAAACCCCUGACACUUCAAUGAACUUGUUUUAUCGCCAGGUUUGUUGCAGCAGGAGGGCGCUGCACAGGAGCACAAAACAUCCAACGAGAUCCUGGAGGAGCUGUUUCUUCAGGGCAUCAUCCCAGCCGGACAGCACAGAGAGAGCAGGGCGGGGGAGGCAUACUGCAUCAUGGUGGGUACCUGGUAAACACUGGACACGGGGAAGAGAAACAUGUCAACACACUUCUUCAACAGGUUAAACUUGUUGAUAUUGUUUGAAGUCUUGUUGGUGUAUUUGAAACUUUAUUUUAUAUUAGUUGAAGGAUCGAAAGAAGAGAUCCUUUCCUUCUUCCAAAUAUGAUACUAUUAAAACAUCUUUAAAAUGAAUUCAUGCUCAUAAUUAGUCAGACUUUGAGCAAACUGUUCAGUUUAGAUGAGUUAAGUCAUUAAGUUUGCAUUAAGAUUUGAGAAUGGCAGGACAACUUAAUUUACAGAGGCAGUGGUAAUCAAAAUGUAUCAAUGAACAAAUCCUACUGCGGAGAAAAAACGUCUAAUAUUUACUCUCUUGUAGCUCCAUCUGUUACUGUAAGAAUUCUUAGACUGCUCUAAAAUGUUCACUAGGUGCCGAGUACCUGCUCUCUCUUAUAUUUUCCUGAUCUACACAUUGAUUUUUCCUCCCAAUAAAAAGUAAAAAACUUUACUUCAAACAUUUAAAUGUAUUGAAAGUAUCGAGAGAACAAAUCUUGGUGAUCCAAAGAAUGAUUAAACAGUUUUAGAUGUUUUGUUAAUCCUGUAAAAUACACACCAGGAUUAAAUCAGAAAUCUUAUCGUUAAAUGGGGCCUGUAAAAAAAAAAUGUUUUACAUGUUUCAUUGUUCACUAGAAGCUGUAGUGUUGAGAUAGUGUGUUCUCUGUUUUUUAAUAUCAGCUGAAUGAGAAUGAAGGAGUCAUGAGAACACCUCCUGCCAGGCUGGAGUCCUUGAAGACCAAAAAAGCAGAAAACCUCCCCAGCAGAGAAGAAAUCGAGGAGAAGCUAAGACUGGCUGAUGAGCGCCGCAAGGUACACAAAGUGUUUAUUGGAUAACAAGUGUAUAUAUGAGUAUAUCCCAGUCAUUUCUCAUACACACACACACACACACACACACCUGCUCUCUUCUUCAUUUCUCAGUCAGAGGAAAAUGAGCUGAAGAUGCGUUUGAGGUCCAAGUCUGCACACGGCGUUCGCAGCCCUGCACCUUUCUGCACCCCGAACGAGGACGCAGAUCUCACCCCUGUGGAGACGCUUCUUUCGCCUUUGACCCAGGACACCUCGAGCUCACCAACUCACAGCCUGAUCCCACGAGAGGCCGCCGAAGGGGGAGAGUGCGUGAGAGAGGCUGCAAUUGAUGGAAGAGAGAGCAAGGAAGAUGUGAGCAGAGGAGAGAGGAGAGAUAAGAAAGGAGAUGGAAAUGGAAGUGUAGAUAAAAGAGAUGUAUUUAAGAGUCGUGAGGAGAAUGGUGAUGGAGAAGAGGGAGGAGAGGAUGAAGAGGAGUUGACUCAGGUGGAGGAGCUCAAGGAGGAUGAGAUCCGCACAGCUUCAAGGGAGCUGGAAUUUGAUUCUCGUUUUAAAUUUAUAUCAAUUUAAACAACAACAAAAAAGCCACGGAUGAGGGUAAGAGAGGUAAAGUAUGAGCCAAAAUUCUUCCUUUUGCACAGAAGAGACCCUUUACAAAAAAAACCUAAUGAGGAAAUCUGCAAAGUAGGCUUCAGUUAAAUAGAAAUAACACAUGUAAGGAAGUUUUAAUUGGCCCAGCUCAAAGAAAUAUUCGGGAUUUAGUCUCACUGAAUGCUUUUUAAUUAUCUGUCUUUGUGCUGUACAUAUCAAACUCAUCUUUGAUCAGAGAGUCUCAAGUUGCAUGUAGUGUCCUUUAUGCAGUUGUACUCUUGGACAUAAGAUGGCGCUGUUUCAGUGAAAUAAAGUUCCAGUGCAGCUCCAAUAGUCUGGUCAUCAUGUAAAGAACAUGUAAAGAAGUGCCUUACACUGUGAGAUGUGUAAAAUAAACUUAUUGUUUUAUAAAGAUCAAAUUA